UUGUGAAUUUAUAAAAAGCUAAAAAGUUUGUUAUGCUUAAUAAAUAUUUAGUGCUUAUAAAUAAAAUUUAAAAUUUACAUGAUGCCAAAAGCUAAGUUAGCGCCAAAUCCACGAGAAGAUGCAAAUGUUUUUUCUGCGCUUAUGUUUUGCUUUGCAUUCCCAGUGCUUAUAAAGGGACGAAAGAAAACAUUGGAACCAAACGAUCUUUAUGAUGUACUUAAAGAACAUAAAGCAGACACUCUGGGAGAGAAAUUGUUUAAGGCUUGGGAAAAGGAAGUAAAGGCUAACAGAGUGAAAGGCAAGAAGCGCACAAGUCUUUUAAAGGUUCUACUAAAAGUAUUCGGUUGGCAUUUAGUCGUAUCGGGGAUUGUGCUUGCAUUUUUAGAAUUGGGUACCAGAGCAACUUUACCACUUUUGCUGGCUGGACUCAUAUCGGAAUUUACAGAGAAUGGCAAUGGGAACAGCUUUAGUGCGCAGCUCUAUGCCGCUGGCCUGAUAAUCUGCACAAUAGCGAGCGUGCUGUUCAUGCAUCCCUUUAUGAUGGGCUUGAUGCACUUGGCAAUGAAGCUUAGAGUCGCCGUAGGAUGUGCCAUUUAUCGCAAAGCGUUGCGCUUGAGCCACAGCGCCUUAGGCGGCACAACAACGGGUCAGGUGGUCAAUUUGCUGUCCAAUGAUCUGGGACGCUUUGAUCGUGGGCUUAUACACUUGCAUUUUCUAUGGCUAGCGCCGCUGGAGCUGCUGCUGGCAUCGUAUUUUCUUUAUGAGCAAAUAGGCGCCGCCUCGCUUGUGGGCAUUGCCAUAUUGGUGCUAUAUCUGCCGCUCCAGACUUAUCUGAGCAGAUUGACCUCGGCGCUGCGUAUGCAGACAGCUUUGCGCACAGACGGCAGAGUGCGCAUGAUGAAUGAGAUUAUAGCUGGCAUACAGGUGAUCAAGAUGUAUGCCUGGGAGCAGCCGUUCCAGAAGCUGGUGGCCAACGCUCGAGCCAGCGAGAUGAGUGUCAUACGCAAGAUGAACUACAUACGUGGCGUGUUGCUGUCAUUUGAAAUAACGCUAGGACGCAUUGCCAUCUUUGCCAGCUUGCUGGCGUUUGUGCUUGCCGGCGGACAGCUUACGGCGGAGCGUGCCUUCUGCGUUACAGCCUUCUACAAUGUGCUGCGACGUUCGGUGAGCAAGUUUUUUCCCAGCGGAAUGUCGCAGCUGGCGGAACUGCUGGUCACAAUUGAGCGCAUUUCGCAGUUUAUGCAGCGCGAGGAGACGCAGCUGCGCAUGCUGCCGGACGAGCCUGGUCAGGAUAAUCAGGCGACUGAGCUAGGAGCGCUAAUGCAGCAGGAGAAGCUGCAAAGCAAUUCGAAUGUUGUGAGCGUGCAGUUGCAAGGCUUCCAAGCCCGCUGGGCAGCAACGCAGCAUGAGCCAGUGCUGGUGGACAUCAAUCUAAGGCUGGAGCUAGCUCAAUUGGUAGCCGUCAUUGGUCCUGUGGGCUCAGGCAAAUCCAGUUUGAUACAAGCUAUACUAGGAGAACUGCCUGCAGAGUCGGGCAGCCUUAACCUGCAAGGUCGCCUGUCCUAUGCCGCGCAGGAGCCUUGGCUCUUCAGCGGCUCCGUGCGUGACAAUAUACUCUUUGGCCUGCCUUGGGACAAGCUACGCUAUUAUCAGGUCAUUAAGCACUGUGCGCUGGUGCGUGACUUUGAGCUGCUUGAGCAGGGCGAUAAGACUAUUGUGGGCGAACGUGGCGCCUCCUUGUCGGGUGGACAGAAGGCGCGCAUAAGCUUAGCACGCGCAGUCUAUCGCCAGGCGGAUAUCUAUCUGCUCGACGAUCCUCUAAGCGCUGUGGAUGCGCAUGUGGCUCGUCAUCUCUUUGAGCAAUGCAUGCGCGGCUUUCUGCGCAAGCAGCUUGUCAUAUUGGCUACACAUCAGCUGCAGUUUCUGGAGCAGGCCGAUCUUAUAGUUAUCAUGGACAAAGGACGCGUGCAAGCUAUGGGCAGCUAUGAGCAUAUGCUGAAGAGUGGCCAGGACUUUGCGCAGCUGCUGGCCAAGAGCGCUGGUGAAGAGCUGCCUGAGCUGGAUGCACAGCCAACUGAAGAUGGCCCCUUGACGCGCCAAAGCAGCGUGGAAAGUCGUGUUAGCGCCAGUCCUGAUAACUCGGCCAAGUCGACAGCAUCGCCUAAGCGCGUAGAGGAAUCUAGAUCUGUAGCCGAUAUAGGUCUGAGCAUGUAUCUAAAGUACUUUACAGCUGGCUGUGGCAUCUUCAUGUUUCUGCUGGUCAUGUUCCUUUGCCUUGGCACACAGGUAAUGUCCUCCUCCGGCGAUUAUUUUCUCUCCUAUUGGGUCAAGAGCAACUCCUCUAAUGCCGUGGACAUUUACAUCUUUGCUGCCAUCAAUGUCGCCCUAAUUAUUUUUGCAUUGCUGCGCACCUUGCUCUUCUUCAGCGUCGCCAUGCACUCAUCCAAGGCGCUGCAUAAUUCCAUGUUCAGCGGCAUCAGUCGCGCUGCCAUGUAUUUCUUCAAUACGAAUCCCUCGGGACGCAUUCUGAAUCGCUUUGCCAUGGACAUGGGCCAAGUGGAUGAAAUACUGCCCGCUGUCAUGCUGGAGUGCAUACAGAUCUUUCUCACCUUAACAGGCAUCAUCUGUGUGCUGUGUAUUACCAAUCCCUGGUAUCUGAUCAACACGCUGGUCAUGUUCGUUUGCUUUUAUUAUGUGCGGGAGUUUUAUCUGAGCACAUCGCUUGUUGUGAAGCGCUUGGAGGCAGUGGCUAGAUCCCCCAUGUACUCGCAUUUUAGCGCAACUUUGACGGGUCUGCCUACCAUUCGAGCUAUGCGCGCACAGAAAAUGUUAAUAGCCCAGUAUGAUCAUUACCAGGAUUGCCAUUCCAUUGGCUAUUAUACAUUCCUCUCGACGAGUCGUGCAUUUGGCUAUUAUCUGGAUCUAUUCUGUGUGGUUUAUGUCUUGAUUAUUAUUGUCAACAGUUAUUUAAAUCCACCUGAAAAUCCUGGUCUCAUUGGCUUGGCCAUAACGCAGGCCAUGUCCAUGACAGGCAUGGUGCAGUGGGGCAUGCGCCAAUCUGCGGAACUGGAGAACUCCAUGACCUCAGUGGAGCGCGUUAUAGAGUACAGCAAUUUGGAAGCGGAAGGCGAUUUUGAUUCACCCGCUGACAAGCAACCUAAUCCUAACUGGCCCGAGAGAGGAGAAAUUACAGCUGACGAUCUAAGUUUGCGUUAUUCGCCUGAUCCACAAGCGCCGUACGUUCUUAAAUCUAUCAACUUUACCAUAGAGCCAUGUGAAAAAAUUGGCAUUGUAGGACGCACAGGCGCGGGCAAAUCUUCGCUUAUAAAUGCGCUGUUCCGGCUUUCUUAUAAUGAUGGCUCCAUACUGAUCGAUAGCCGAGAUACCUUAACAUUGGGACUGCGCGACUUGCGUAGCAAAAUUUCGAUUAUACCUCAGGAGCCUGUGCUCUUCUCUGGCAGCAUACGCUAUAACUUGGAUCCUUUCGAGCAAUAUUCGGAUACUAAGCUAUGGCAGGUCUUGGAAGACGUUCACCUAAAGGAAGAAGUUUCUGAGCUACCAAGCGGACUGGACAGUCAUAUUGCUGAAGGUGGGGCCAAUUUUAGUGUGGGGCAACGUCAGCUGAUUUGCCUGGCGCGUGCUAUUCUCCGCGAGAAUCGCAUACUGGUUAUGGAUGAGGCCACAGCUAAUGUUGAUCCGCAAACGGACGCGCUUAUACAAACAACUAUCAGGAAUAAGUUCAAGGAUUGUACGGUCCUCACCAUAGCUCAUCGCUUGCACACUAUUAUAGACUCGGACAAGGUUAUGGUGCUGGAUGCUGGACAUGUUGUUGAAUUCGGUGCACCUUAUGAACUUUUAACAACAUCUAAACAUCAAAUUUUCUAUAGCAUGGUAAUGGAGACCGGCAAAACUACUUUCGAGCAUUUACUUAAAAUAGCACAAAAAUCCUAUGAAAACAAUACAGCUAGUGCCUCAGAAAUUACUUAUUGUUAACUCAUUUAUUAAAAUCUGUAAAAUUCAAUUGAGUAUAGUACUUAAUAAGUGCAAUUGAUCAAACUCAAAUUCAGUCUUAGGAAAAAAGUGUCUUUAUAAACGAAUUAAAGUGUCAUGUAUAAUGUUGUUAAGAAAUUGUUUGAUAGUGUCGCAUAAUAAGCAAACUUUGAUACUAUCUACUCUUUAUGUAUUGAUCGGAUGAAUAAAUUCGUAUUUUACAUUAGCAUAUAUAGAUAGUU